CCACAGUGACGCUUACGGAAGCGCUCUGCGGACCUCGCGGGGUGCGGGGCAGCGCAGCCACGGCCCCGGACGGCGGGACGGCAGGGCCCGGCGUGGCCGCGGAUGAGUCGGGGAACCAUGCCCCAGCCCGGAGCGUGGCCCGGUGCGAGCUGCGCCGAGACGCCGGCGCGCGAGACCCGGGCCGCCGCGCGGGACGGCGGGAAGGUGACGGCCGGCGCGCAGCCCCGGGCCGCGACGCGAUGCCCGGCCGAGCACGAGGAGGACAUGUACCGUGCUGCAGAUGAAAUAGAAAAGGAGAAAGAAUUGCUAAUACAUGAAAGAGGGAUAUCAGAACCCAGGUUAAGUGUGGCUCCUGAAAUGGAUAUCAUGGACUACUGCAAAAAAGAAUGGAGAGGAAAUACUCAGAAAGCCACGUGUAUGAAAAAGGGCUAUGAGGAAGUGUCUCAGAAAUUCACUUCCAUAAGGCGAGUCCGUGGUGAUAACUACUGUGCACUGAGGGCCACACUGUUCCAGGCCAUGAGCCAGCUGGCCGAGCUGCCCCCCUGGCUGCAGGACUUGGAGCUCAUACUGUUACCAGAAAAGCUGAUAAACAAGUAUACCUGGAUUAAGCAGUGGAAACUUGGACUGAAAUUUGAUGGGAAGAGUGAAGACCUGGUUGAAAAAAUUAAGGAAUCCCUUGCCCUGCUAAGGAAGAAGUGGGUAAGCCUGGCUGCAAUGAAAACUGCUGAAGCGAGGCAGUCAGCUUGUGAUGAGCUGUUCACAAACGAAGAGGAGGAGUACAGCCUCUACGAAGCUGUGAAGUUCCUGAUGUUAAACAGAGCCAUCGAACUGUACGAUGACAAGGAGAAGGGAAAGGAAGUGCCAUUCUUCUCUGUGCUCUUGUUUGCCCGAGACACAUCAAACGACCCUGAACAGCUCCUGAGGAACCACCUAAACCAGGUGGGACACACGGGGGGCCUGGAGCAGGUUGAGAUGUUUCUUCUUGCCUAUGCUGUCCGCCACACCAUCCGGGUGUACCGGCUGUCCAAGUAUAACACAGAGGAAUUCAUCACAGUCUAUCCCACUGAUCCCCCCAAGGACUGGCCAAUGGUGACCCUCAUAGCUGAGGAUGAUCGGCACUAUAACAUCCCUGUCAGAGUGUGUGAGGAGACCAGUGUGUGAGGGACACACAUAUGACUGCCAAGAGAUGCGCAUGUGCAGCUCCUCCUCUGGGGGCCUCAGAUCUGCAGGUCUCCAAGGACAAUCUCGGAGAACUCUCGGGCCCCUGGAGCCAACUUUGGACCGUUAUGUUCUGAAGACUAGCUGUUGAUAACGAGAAUUAAUUAGCCAGGCCUUCACUCCUUGUUCUGUUACGCAGUGUGUUCCACUGGGGGCUUCAGCACGUGCCUUUGGAAGGUGCAAACUAUGUCUCCAUAAGGCAGAUGCUUUUGGGUCAGAGAAAACUGUUUGGAAAGGAAUCUGUCCAAUGAAAGUUCUGACGGUAAACUGGUUUUACUUCGCUUUUUAAAACA